GCAUAUACACGUUGCACGUGAACCAGUGUGUGCCAUAACAUAAAUGAUGACAUGUGUAAUAAGGUAGCAAAUGUGUGGAGAAAACAUGAGCUCGAUGCCCUGUUCGGCCCCACGUUUCCAGCUCCGUUGCGAUCGGCUGAGCCCUAGAGACUCCGUUCGGGAGCGCAGAUCAGAUGCGGGGGAGCGACGAACCGAAGCACUGCGGGAUAAACAGUCUGCGGCGGGAGAAGCGCCGUGUCGUGUGUCUGUCUCACUGUGUGUUCGCAGUCCUGUCGCCGCGCUCCGCUCCGAACAACAUUGUUCCAGCACUUUUUGUUUCUCUCUUUCUUCAUGUUUCUUUUGCACCGGUAAAGGUGGGAUCUGGGACAGAGAGCAGAACCAGAAGCGGACCGACCGGGGAUCACAUGGAUCAUGGAGAAGAAGGGGGCCACAUGAUGAUGACUGAUCCGGUGACACUAAAUGUUGGAGGGCACUUGUACACCACGUCCCUCUCUACCUUGCAGCGCUACCCAGACUCCAUGUUGGGCGCCAUGUUCCGUGGGGACUUGCCCUCAGCCCGGGACGCUCAGGGCAACUACUUCAUUGACCGCGACGGGCCACUCUUCCGAUACGUGCUCAACUUCCUUCGUACGUCGGAGCUGACGCUGCCACACAACUUCAAGGAGAUCGACCUCCUGCGCAAGGAGGCCGACUUCUACCAGAUCGAACCGCUCAUCCAGUGCUUGAAUGACAGCAAGCCACUCCACCCGAUGGACACAUUCGAGCAGGUGGUGGAGCUGUCCAGCACACGCAAGCUCUCCAAGUACUCAAACCCGGUGGCCGUCAUCAUCACCCAGCUCACUGUCACCACCAAGGUGUACCCGCUGCUGGAGGGAAUCUCCAGCCACUUCACCAAGUGGAACAAGCACAUGAUGGACACCAGAGACUUCCAGGUUUCCUUCACAUUCGGACCAUGCGACUACCACCAAGAGGUGUCCCUCAGGGUGCACCUGGUGGAGUACAUCACCAAGCAGGGCUUUAGCAUCCGGAACACGCGUGUGCACCACAUGAGCGAGCGAGCCAAUGAAAACACCGUGGAGCAUCACUGGACUUUCUGCAGACUGGCACGCAAGAAUGAGGACUGACGCUCUGGUGUUACUCUGCUUACACUUGUGUAGUUGCAGAUGGCUAGAUGUGAUACUGGAGGAAAUUGGUGAGGGGAAUAAAAUACAGAAGCGUUUCAACAGAAAUGCUUUUGAACAAUAAACAAGAAAAAGUCUGAACUGUUUUUU